UCAAGCUCCAAGCUGCUUAGCUUCCUCUUCCAUAUAUUGUCCAAAAGAAAGCCUUUUUUGUCCUUUCUCCUCCAGAAAAGUAUCAGACAAUGGAAAGCCUCAAGUUGGCGUGCGUGCUUCUCUUGUGCAUGAUGGUAUCAUGUGCACCCUUUGCCGUCGUGGCGGCCCCACUAUCAUGCAGCCAGAUACAAGGCAGCCUCAUACCUUGCCUUUCCUACCUGAGGACCGGCGGGCAACCUUCUCAGCCAUGCUGCACGGCGGUCACCAAUCUCAACAAAGCAGCCAGCACCACUCCUGACCGUCAGAACGCAUGCAGGUGCUUGAAAUCAGCAGCUGGUGCCUUGCUGGGUGGCCUUAACCCUAAGUAUGCAGCUGGACUCCCUUCCUUGUGCAAAGUCAACAUUCCAUACGAGAUCAGCAUCUCCACCAACUGCGACAGCGUCAAGUGAGAAAUAAUGGAGAAGACAUUUGCGGCGGCAGGAUAUAUGUAGCUUCGAGAAUAAAGUUAACGUACGUCGAGCGAGUCCGGAUGGGGCUGCAGUACUUAAUUAGCGAGCCUCUCCAUAAUAUUUACGGUCUAGUCACUAUAUAUGUUUGU